UGCCGCCCGCCCCGUACCGGCCCCGCACCUGCUCCAGCCAUGAUGAGCUUCAGCGGCGCCGACGCGCUGCUGGGCGCCCCGUUCGCACCGCUGCUGGGAGGCGGCAGCCUGCACUACGCGCUGUCCCGCAAGGGCGGCGCGGGCGGAGCGCGGUCGGCGGCUGGCUCGUCUAGCGGCUUCCACUCGUGGGCGCGGACGUCCGUGAGUUCCGUGUCGGCCUCUCCCGGCCGUUUCCGCGGCGCGGCAGCAACCUCAAGCACCGACUCGCUAGACACCCUGAGCAACGGCCCGGAGGGCUGCGUGGUGGCGGCGGCGGCGGCGCGCAGCGAGAAGGAGCAGUUGCAGGCGCUGAACGACCGCUUUGCCGGGUACAUCGACAAGGUGCGGCAGCUCGAGGCGCACAACCGCAACCUGGAGGGCGAGGCGGCGGCGCUCCGGCAGCAGCAGGCGGGGCGCGCCGCCAUGGGCGAGCUGUACGAGCGCGAGGUGCGCGAGAUGCGCGGCGCCGUGCUGCGCCUGGGCGCGGCGCGCGGCCAGCUGCGCCUGGAACAGGAGCACCUGCUGGAGGACAUCGCGCACGUGCGCCAGCGCCUGGACGACGAGGCCCGGCAGCGCGAGGAGGCCGAGGCGGCGGCGCGCGCGCUCGCGCGGUUCGCGCAGGAGGCGGAGGCCGCGCGCGUCGAGCUGCAGAAGAAGGCGCAAGCCCUGCAGGAGGAGUGCGGCUACCUGCGGCGCCACCACCAAGAGGAGGUGGGGGAGCUGCUCGGCCAGAUCCAGGGCUGCGGCGCCGUGCAGGCUCAGGCGCAGGCCGAGGCGCGCGACGCCCUCAAGUGCGACGUGACGUCGGCGCUGCGCGAGAUCCGCGCGCAACUGGAAGGCCACGCGGUGCAGAGCACGCUGCAGUCGGAAGAGUGGUUCCGAGUGAGGCUGGACCGACUGUCAGAGGCAGCCAAGGUGAACACAGACGCCAUGCGCUCAGCACAGGAGGAGAUAACAGAGUAUCGGCGCCAACUGCAGGCCAGGACCACAGAGCUGGAGGCGCUCAAAGGCACCAAGGACUCGCUGGAAAGGCAGCGCUCGGAGCUAGAGGACCGUCACCAGGCCGACAUUGCAUCCUAUCAGGAAGCCAUUCAGCAGCUGGACAAUGAGCUGAGGAAUACCAAGUGGGAGAUGGCAGCCCAGCUCCGGGAGUACCAGGACCUGCUCAAUGUCAAGAUGGCUCUGGAUAUUGAGAUUGCUGCUUACAGAAAACUCCUGGAGGGUGAAGAGUGUCGUAUUGGCUUUGGUCCUAGUCCUUUCUCCCUUCCAGAAGGACUCCCUAAAAUCCCUUCUGCAGCUACUCACAUAAAGGUCAAAAGUGAAGAGAUGAUCAAGGUAGUUGAAAAGUCAGAGAAGGAAACCGUGAUUGUGGAGGAACAGACAGAAGAGAUCCAAGUGACUGAGGAAGUGACUGAAGAAGAAGAGAAAGAGACCAAAGAAGAGGAAGGUGAGAAGGGAGGAGAAGAAGAAGCAGAAGAGGGAGAAGAAGAGGCAAAGUCUCCCCCAGCAGAAGAGGCUGCAUCCCCAGAGAAGGAGGCCAAAUCUCCAGAAAAGGAAGAGGCCAAGUCACCAGCUGAGGUAAAGUCCCCAGAAAAGGCUAAGUCCCCCAUGAAAGAUGAAGCAAAAUCGCCAGCUGGAGCCAAGUCCCCAGAGAAGGAACAUAUCAAGUCUCCAGCUGAGGUGAAAUCCCCUGAGAAAACUAAGUCCCCAGUGAAAGAGGAAGCAAAGUUACCAGCUAAGAUCAAGUCUCCAGUGAAGGCUAAAUCCCCUAUGAAAGAAGAAGCAAAAUUACCAGAUGAAAUCAAGUCCUCUGAAAAGACCAAGUCCCCAGUGGAGGUCAAGUCCCCAGAGAAGGCCAAGUCCCCAGUGGAAGUCAAAUCCCCAGAGAAGGCCAAGUCCCCAGUAAAGGAAGAGGCCAAGUCCCCAGUUGAGGUCAAGUCUCCAGCGGAAGCCAAAUCCCCUGAGAAGGCCAAGUCUCCAGUGAAGGAAGAGGCCAAGUCCCCAGAGAAGGCCAAGUCCCCGGUGAAGGAAGAGGCCAAGUCCCCAGAGAAGGCCAAGUCCCCGGUGAAGGAAGAGGCCAAGUCCUCAGAGAAGGCCAAGUCCCCGGUGAAGGAAGAGGCCAAGUCCCCAGAGAAAGCCAAGACUCUUGAUGUGAAGUCCCCAGAAGCCAAGACCCCAGUGAAGGAGGAAGUAAGGUCUCCUGCAGACAUCAAAUCCCCUGAAAAGGCCAAAAGCCCUAUCAAGGAGGCAGCUGAGUCCCCAGAAAAGGUUAAAUCUCCUGUGAAGGAAGAGGCCAAGCCUCCUGAGAAGGAGGCCCCAAAGAAUGAAGAAGCAAAGGCCCCCCUGAAGGAGAAAGAGAAGCCUCAGGAGGUGAAAGUCAAGGAGCCCCCAAAGAAGGGAGAGGAAGAGAAAGCUCCAGCCACACCAAAAACUGAGAAGGACAGCAAGAAAGAUGAAACAUCUAAGAAGGAGGCUUCAAAGCCUGAGGUAGAGAAGAAGGAGACUGCUGUGGAAAAGCCCAAAGAAUCAAAAGUUGAAGCUGAAGAUAAGAAAAAAGCAGUGACCCCAGAGAAGGAGGUGCCCAUCAAGGUGAAGGAAGAGGCCAAGCCCAAGGAAAAGACUGAGGUGGCCAAGAAGGAACCAGAUGACAGCAAGGCGAAAGAAUCAGCAGAGAAGGAGCCAGAAAAGCCACAGAAGGAAGGGAUGACUGCAGCUCCUGAGAAAAAAGAUGCCAAGGAGGAAAAGGCCACAGAGCCCAAGAAGCCCGAGGAAAAACCCAAAACAGAGGCCCAAACCAAGGAAGAGCCUGGCAAGGAGGCCCCCACGCCCAGCAAAGCCAAGACAGAAAAGGCAGAGAAGUCGUCUAGCACCGACCAGAGAGACAGCAGGCCUCCAGAGAAGGCCAUGGAAGACAAGGCCACCAAGGGUGAGAAGUGAGGUGGGGAGACAGCAACGUCCAGAGGAGCCAAAGAGACACAGGAGGGUCUGAGCGCAGGGGUUGGUGUAAUGAGUUUCCUUUUUUUUUUUCUUCCCUUUUCUUUAUGUAAGAAGAAACCGCUUAGAUGGGGUUCUCCUUCACCAAACAGGAAUUUCUAUUAGUAAUAUGUUAGCAAGAGAGGGCACUCCCAACCCCGCCCCCACACCCUGAACCCUCCCCGGGCGAUGGACAAUAUGUUAUGAUAGCUUAUGUAGCGGAAUGUGAUACAUGCGGAAUGCCACACUUGACUAUAAAAAUUGGUCCCUCCUUUCCAAAUAAGUGCAUUUAUUUCCUGUAUGUGCAACUGACAGGUGACCGCAAUAAUGAAUGAGCUGUUAGAAACACAUUAUGCUUGAGAUGUCUUAACCUAUUCCCAAAUGCCUUCUCUUUUCCAAAGGAGUGGCUGAGCCCUUGCCCAAAGCUCUCUAUCCUGGGAGAGCUGGAGCAGGUAGGGCUGGGCACUGGCCACUGAUUCAUGCCAGGGCAUACUUUUCCACUGGAGUCCACUUUAAAUUGCUUCUGUGCAAUAAAACCAAGUGCUUAUAAAAUGAA